AUGAAUAUGAAAUUCAUAGUUUAUAUUUUUGUCUUAGUUGCUGUUGCUUCAUGCGCUUACAUGAAUGAAACUAUAGAUCCUUAACGCUUGGCUGAGUUUGAGGAAUUCAAGUCCAAAUUCAAUAAAUAUUAUCACAAUGAACAUGAACAUCAUUCCAGUUUCCACAACUAUAAAACUAGUAGAGAACAUAUUGUCAAGCACCAAAUGGAAAAUCCAAACGCUAAAUUUGGCCACACUAAGUUCUCUGACAUGAGUCCUGAAGAAUUCGAGAACAAGAUGCUCAAUUUCGACUUUUCUCUUUUUAAGAAAGCCAAAUCACAAGGAAUUAAAUUAAAAGCUGAGCCUAUGAAGGGUUAUUUAAGAUAAGGUGAAAACGUUGAUAAUAGCGAUUUACCCGAAUCAUUUGAUUGGAGAGAUAAAGGCAUUAUCACUCCCGCUAAAUUUUAAAACACUUGCGGUAGCUGUUGGACCUUUGCCACAACCGGAGUCAUUGAAUCUCAAUAUGCUCUUAAAUACGGCGAACUUCUCCAUUUCUCUGAAUAAAUGCUUUUGGAUUGUGACAACAUUAAUUAAGGUUGUAGAGGUGGUUUGAUGACCGAUGCUUAUCAAUUCCUUUAAUAAAGUGGUGGUAUCUAAACAGCUGACACUUAUGGUGAUUACAAAAAUAAGAAGGACAUUUGCAACUUUGAUAAGGCCAAAGUUAAAGCUAAAGUUGUUGAUUGGUACUAGAUUCCUGAGAAUGAAGAAACUAUCAGAAGAGAACUCGUUAAGAACGGUCCUGUUGCCGUUGGUAUUAAUGCCAGAACUUUGUAAUUCUACGAAGGAGGUAUCGUUGAUCCCAAGAACUGUGAUGACAAAAUUAAUCAUGCCGUCCUUAUUGUUGGUUACGGUGUUGAAGAAGGCAUUCCUUAUUGGUUAAUUAAAAAUCAAUGGGGUGCUGAAUGGGGUAUUAAGGGUUUCUUCAAAUUAAUCAGAGGAAAAAAACAAUGUGGUAUCCACACAUAUGCCUCUAUUGCUUAUGUAGAAAAAGUCUGA